AUAUCUUUUUGAUGUAUUGUAAAAGGAGAAUGGGGGUUUCGAGACACAUGGUCUCUUACCCCCUGUACCUGUUUGCACAUAAAAGGAACCAUCAUCUUCUUCUUCACAUACGGUUGCCGUUGCCAUCCCUCCGAAUCCAGUGGGAUUUUUCUGAUCGGUGCCAUCGCCAGUCUCUUUGGUGGUAACCGCGGCGGAGGCUUUGCCUUUUUCUGGUGCAUAAUUUUUGGUGCUCUUCUUAUGGCCAUCGGCCCACCAAUCGGGGUAGCCGACCAGACGGAAGCAUUGUUCUUUGGUGUGCUUUGUCAUACCGCAGUGGUCAUACUUCAGAUUAUCUCUUCAUCUUCACUUCUUCCUCUUCACAUUUAUAGUCAAGAAAGGUAUCAAUCAAUUAUCAAUGGAUUAUCUCUUCAUCUUCACGUCUUCAUCUUCAUCUUUAUCUUCACUUCUUCCUCAGGGUUCUUGUUGAUUGUUACUUCGAUGACCGACCCGCUUCUUGUUGAUUGUUCACUUCUUCCUCAGGCCUCUAAAAGGGUUGAGCCGGCCCUCGAAGACGGGAAAUCAAAAUCUAGAAUUUGACAGAUGUCUGCAUGUGUCAUCCAACAUUUAAUAGGAGAGAUCAACGGGAAAACCAACUUUUAGAUGACCUAUAAAACUGACACGUGUCCCCCAUUAUUUUUAUUUAUUAGAGAUAGAAAAUAGAAGAAGAAGAUAGAAGAUUUUAUUCCUGUUUUAGCUGAUGGUAGAGUCUUUUCUCUUUUGCCUUUGAGAGAGAGGGCUAUUGUUCGAUUCCUGACAUGUGAUAUGGACGACUUGUGAGAAAUAUGACGUAAUUUAGGAGUAGAAGCAAGGUAACAUUACAUGUGCGUUAAAAAUGCAUUUUAUAUUAAAUAAAAUUUUGAAAAUCCCGUUGUCGAGUUCAAUGUGACCAAUAAGCCGAUAAAAACGGUUAGUUCAAUCACUGGUAUAACUUUUUUUAUCUUUUUUAAACAUUCAUGAUAGGUGAACAUGUCGAGGGUUUACCUACCUUUUCCUUCUUGGUUUUACACUUUGUCCCUCAGUUUUAUUGUAAAGAGGAACGAAAUUUGUAUUAAAGUUUUUUAUAAAAAAUUAUUUAGAAAACUUCACUUCCACUCAAGGAACCAAAAUAAAGGGUAGUGGUUUAUAAUUUUUCUUGUAAUUAAUUGAAAAGUUGUCCCUUUUAUUGUAAGGCUUAAAUUCUAAUCGGUUUUUUUUAAUGAGAUAACUAUAAAACAAUUAACUUUUUAUCCUUUCAAUAUCGUGAAAUAUUUAUUAGUUUUCAUUGGAUUUCUGUUUAUUUUAUCUAAUAACUCAAGUUAAUCAAAUUUCCCCCUUUUUAUAUAAUUCGUUAUAUAUUUUUCUUUUUCUAAUGUUCCUUCUUUUGAGGACAGUUUCUCCUUACGUGAUUUAAUAUGUUUCAAGUUCACAAGAAGAAGAAAAAAAGUAACGAUACAAAACCGUGCACCAUAGUUAUGCGGUGAAUUUCAUUUCAUCUUAUUAAGUUAAGUGAACAAACAAAAGCAUGGAAUUUAUAGACCUUUGAUUUGUUACCCUUGGCAACUUGAUCUAGCCCGACUGAAAUAAACCAAUCUAGAUCCGAACCAGUUGGAUUGUGACCGGUUUGGUCUUCGGUUUAGGACUUUUCAUGUAUAUGGUCUUGACAUCGGCCUAGGUAAUGUCAGUUUGGUCCAGUAUGACUCGUGAACAACCCUAUGGAUUCAGGUUGCAACAAUAUAAGAGAGAGUAAAAGAUAAUUUAGCUGAAAACACAUAUAUUAUCAUCUAUUUUUUUCUCCUUAAUAUAUUAUUUAAUUAUACAAAUACUUUUUAUUUUUUUAAUUUAUUUACAUAUCUUCAUUCUCUUUGUCUUUGA